AUGACAGACUCUGAACUGCGCCAGAGAACGUCUACAACAGGAUCAACGACUCCAGACGUGAAAAAGGAGGUCUUGGAGGGUCUGCGCACGAUAUUUGACCCCGCGACAUGCACUCGGAAGGGUCUUUGCCCUGUUACGAAGAUCAGACGCCAGCAGGAACCUCUUGAGAGCCAUUCACUCUACUUUGAGCAGCAUGGCUCCGGCCCAGAGAAAGUAGUGUUCAUCAUGGGAUUGAACAGCACGUCCUUCUCGUGGGCCAUGCAAGUGAACCAUUUUGGGCGCUCACCGAACCACACAAUUCUAGUCUUCGACAACAGAGGUGUCGGGAACAGUGGACGACCUCGAGGGCCAUACUCCACGAGCGGCAUGGCAGAGGAUGUUAUUGUAUUGCUUGACUAUGUCGGCUGGACCGAGACACGCGACUUACAUGUUGUAGGGAUUUCGUUGGGAGGGAUGAUUGCUCAAGAGCUAUCCACUCGCAUCCCCGAACGCAUUAUCUCACUUACACUUGCCGUUACGACGCCUGGCGGACUACCAUGGUACAAUUUCCCUCCAUGGAAAGGUGUCGCCUCCUUGGGUAGACUGUUUCUGAUCGCGGAUGCGGAGAAUAAACUGCCUAUUCUCCUUGAUAUGGUGUUCCCUCAAGAAUGGCUGGCUCAAAAAGCCGAAGACGACCCCGAAGGUCGAACCAAUCGUGAGAUUCAGACAGGCCUAUACCGUCACCGCCUCUUGAUGACACGCCCACAGCAUCCCCUUGGAGGACUUUCUCAGAUGUAUGCCGGCUUGUUGCACCACGUGGAUGGUUCCCGCCUUCGAAAGAUCUCCUCGUCCAUCCCCAAGGUCCUCAUCGUGACGGGCGAUAAAGACCAUCUUGUCAAGCCAAUGAACUCGCGAUACUUGAAACAAGAUAUGCCCGAGGCAGAGCUAGUGGUAUGGGAAGACACAGGCCAUGCACUACAUCUACAAUGGGUUGAUCGUUUCAACGAGUUGCUGGAGAGGGUGUUCCGAGAGGGUAAGCAGAGACUUGCCGACGCUGAUGGAGUUUGGACGUCCUAG